AAGCACCCCACACGACCCUCAAAACGUCGUCCUCAUCGUCCUCGACGUCCUUUAGAGGGGGCUCAAUCCCAGUUCUCCUUUGUCCCCUCAACUACCUCGCUCCGGCUACGCCAGGCUUUGAAACAGAUCCGGUCAGGCAACAAUAACAAUCAAUCUCCCUUGAACCACAACCACCAUCAUCCCUCCUUGGCUUCUUGCCUAAUGCCUGUCCCUUUACGGGCCAAUGCCAACCACAAGGUGUACAAUGUGGUCACUGACUUCGCCAACUUCGACCUCCAUUCUGCCGCUGCAUCUGGCAACCAAGGUCUUGUAGAGUAUGCACUGUCUCGUGGACAACCGAUUAACUCGGUCAUUGAUGGUGUACUUCCACUUCACGCUGCCUGCGCGGGCGGGCAUGAGCAGGUAGUGAAAGUUCUCAUCGACCAUGGUGCAGAUGUAAACGCCCCGAGGUUACCUCGACGCUACUCGAACGAGAAGAACAAUACAACAGCACCCAUACAAGGCACCACCGGCUCAACCCCCCUUCAUUUCGCUGCUGCCAAUGGAAAUAAGAACGUCAUGAUGUCGCUUCUCCUUCGUGGCGCCCAUCCAGGUCUUCAAGAUAAGCACGGUUUUACGCCUGCGGCACUGGCGGAGCAGCACGGUUGGGUGGAAUGUGCAGGUCUCUUAACGGAAUGGAUCAAAAACAAAGACCGCGAUCUACGUGAAAGAGAGACCAACAUCGGCGGAGCAGACGAGUUUGGCCAGAAGUACGGGAGCCUCGGAAACCGAGAGAAGGACUCGCUAGGUAAUGAAGAGGAUGCAGGGGGUCCAGCCCGCAAGCGCAUACAAGUGAAGCGGUCAGUUGACACUGCCCUAAAUAAGUUCAAAGCUUCGGGUGGCCUGGUGGCCCCGCAAAAAAACUCGCCGGCACCAUCGUCCUUCACAAGUCAAGCACCAUUACUCACUCCCCCAACAUCACCGAUAAGGCAGAGAAGAGAUUCCUCCCCUUCUCACUCCGAGGACAGUGACUAUCCAGAUUCAUUUGACCCCGGCAGACGACGGCCUUCUCUACCCCAAGUCCUCAAUCCUCCUCCCGCCCUCUCGUCAUCUAAUCAUCCGCUGCGUAAUUAUAAGUCCGCAACCCUCGUAAAAGCUCCACGGAGCCCAAGGAGGCCGCGUUCUGCAGGUAAUGGUGCAGAACCAGAAGGUGAUGCCGGUUCGACAAAGACUCAUACCAGAAAGUUGGGCACGAAACUAUCCCUGCUGAACCUUUUCAAGAAAGGGAGUGAUAUGGGUGGCAUUCCUUUGGAAAGAACUUCCUCCACCCAUGUCUCAAGUUCCUCGUCCAUGCCUAUCAGCGUGCCUUCCAGCCAGAUGUCCUCUUCCUGGAACGUUUCAUCACUAUCAAAUUCCCCCAAGCAAAUGCUCUUUUCAGAAAGUAAAACUUCUACUGGGCCUCUUCCUCGAUCAGGCUAUCGGUUCGGAAGCAGUGGCGCUCCUAGUCGGCAAAAUUCCCCAUCCAUGUCUUCGUCGUCUAUACCACAGGUGUCCCCUCAGAAUGCCAAGACUUCCCCACAUCUGUAUACACCCACUCGUCAUACGGGACCGUUAGCAGUUGAUCUUCAUAAUGCUCUUGCUACACAACAGUAUCAAACACAAAGCCGGGCAAGGUCAGGGUCCAACGGCAGUGCGAUAGGCCUUGGGAUAACUUUUGACGGGCCAGAUGACGGCGGUGGAUCAUUAUCUAGCAGCCCACUGAAUCGAAUUGCCAUGCAUCGCAUGCGGCCAGGUCAUGUUAGAGACCGUUCGGGGUCAGGCGCCAGUAACAGAAAUAUACAGGUUUUCGACGACGAAGUAAUCAUUCCUGAUUCUUCUAACGGGAAAGGAAAUUCCAGACCAGGAAUUCUGAGAGGUCAUCAUCGAACGUCGUCGACGGGGCAGACCAGCGUUCUGCGAGCGCUGAGAUUUGAUUCGUCCUCGAGUACGUCUUCGCGGAGGGAUAGAGAUGGUGACCACCCACCUCUAAGAGGGUGUACGAGCGCUAGCUCUCUCAGGAGAAACGUAGAACCUUCGCCGAAUAGAAACCUAACAUCAACUCCUACCCGGGUACCGGAUUCUGCACCACCUACCAUGGGAGAUUUCGAGAGCAACCCAGGUGACCGCAGUGGGAUUGGAGAUGACGGUUUUGAUGAUGUCGACGAACCAUAUUAUGGACAACCUCUUGAGGGACCCAUAGGCAGUACUCAAACGAGAACCCGUGGAUCAUCUUUUGCUUCCUCCAAUUCGUCCUUGUCGCCGGUCCUUUCUGCCGCGGAUUUGGUCGCCACAGCUACCAUUGACUCUGAGUUUCCCUUCAGUAUCAACCGACCACCACCGAUGUUAGACGACACUGGCGCUGAUCAAGUUGCCACUACGGGCUCUCAGCUUCUGAGAGUACCGCCUGAUGGGCGUGGGAGAGGUGAUUCUGUAAGCAGCACAAGCACCACCGACAGUGCUCAUAAUCCGGCUCUAAGUGCAAGUGGUACUACUAGCGCCAGCGGUGGGAGUGCAACUGUCACUACUCCUUUACGAUCCCCUGAAAUUAGCUCCUUCCUAGACCUGUCCUUGGAUUCACCCAAAUCACCGAACUACGACGCCGUGUCCGACCCCAUGGUGGAAGGUUAUAAGACCAAUGUUGGUACACAUGACAGGGCGGUCACCCUCAAUGAACGCCGCUCACGGUCACCUCUAGGAAUCGAUAUGAGUCUAGCAGCAUCGCAUGCGAGGGCGGAAAGACUUGUUCAGCAAAAGAAGGCAGACAUUCUUUCUGCGCAUGAUGCUGAUCUUUUGGACGGCGACAGUGCUGGGCAGGUGCCGCUGAGUGCUAGGUUGGCUGCACUGGGAGAGAGUUUGGAGCUUGAAAGGAAGUUGAGGGAACGAAAACACGCAGAGGAGAAGAAGGUUACAUCUGGAACACCUCCGAAGGCUCCGAGAUUAUUACGAGACAGCUUGGACACUGUCACAACGAGCACGUCUGGGGCUGGUGUCAUUCGUCAAUCUAGUCUCAACACUGGACCGAGUCAUCGAAAGAAAGAGCCCAAGAGACCUCAUACGAGCAGUGGAACGGCCUCUCCAACCACUCCCGAAACCCUCAGCACUCUCGUUGUUACUACGAAGGUGGAAAGAACAAAACCUAGUCAUCACUUAUCGCAUUCCGCUUCUGCCGUAGAAAUAUCUCCUAUCCUGGAUCCAGACCUCGUCAACAGCACCAGGACACGUUCUCGCACCCCCGAUUUAGCGGAUUUGGACAGCAAUCUCAGUCGAAUGAGCUCCUUAGAAGGUAUGGAAACCGACACAGACCUGGGCCCUUCUUUAUACCGAGUCAAGACUGCCCCACAUUCCGCGUCUUCCAAAAGUCGACGCGAACGAGAUCUUGCCAGCGCGACGAAGCUGACAAGGAUGGGUAUUACGCCCAAUGCGCCCUCACCCCCCAAACGUUUUGGCGGCCUUAGAUCCCUGGUGCAGACACUAAAGGGUAAAUGAUCGCUCACCAAAUAUCGGAUCUUCCAUGUUCUUUUCACUACUUUUUUUAAUCUGUUUGGCUGUGGGCUGUUGUAUCAUAACUUUUUUCUGUAUGGUAUUGCUAUC